AUGGCUGCUGCAUUGACAGCUCUUUCGUCCAGAUGGACUCAGCUGCUUCUGCUGGUGGCAGCUCUAUGCUUGCUGUUCUCUCCAGCUGUGUCUGUGAAGCACGAGAACUUCAAAACCUGUGAUCAGUCAGGCUUCUGUAAACGCAACAGAGCCUACGCCGACUCGGCCGCCUCUUUAUCCUCCUCGUGGACCAGCCCUUACGUUCUCGACUCCGCAUCUAUCACCUUCUCCAAGGGCCAGUUGUCGGGCACUAUCCUCAAGACCAUUGCAACCUCCGACCAAGCCAUCCGUCUGCCAGUCACCAUCUCCUUUUUCGAGUCUGGUACCGCCAGGAUUACUGUUGAUGAAGAGAAGCGUCAGAAGGGAGAUAUUGAGCUUCGUCAUGGCUCGAAGGCUCGUAAAGAGCGUUACAACGAGGCUGAGAAGUGGGCUAUCGUUGGUGGAACUAAGCUCAGCUCUGGUGCUGCAACUGCUAAGGAUGCUGAAGCUGGUACCACCAAGAUCUCGUAUGGUCCUGGAAGCAAGUUUGAGGCCAUCGUCACUCACUCUCCCUUCGGCAUUGAAUUUAAGAGAGACGGUGAGACACACAUCAAGCUAAACGACAGAGGAUUGAUGAACGUCGAGCACUGGCGUCCCAAAGUCGACAAACCACAAGAAGAGAAGAAGGAGGGCGAGGCUGAAGGCGACGACGUGAACAAGGAGGUAACUGAAGACGAGAGCACAUGGUGGGACGAGGCCUUUGGCGGAAACACCGACUCCAAACCCCGAGGUCCUGAAAGUGUAGCCCUUGACGUUACAUUCCCUGGCUACGAGCAUGUCUUUGGUGUCCCUGAGCACACUGGCCCCCUCUCCCUAAGACAAACUCGGGGCGGCGAAGGCAACUUCAACGACCCUUACCGUCUUUACAACGCCGAUGUUUUCGAAUACGAGAUGAACAGUCCUAUGACUCUUUACGGAGCAAUUCCCUUCAUGCAAGCUCACAAGAAAGACUCGACCGUUGGUGUUUUCUGGCUCAACGCUGCAGAGACUUGGAUCGACAUUGUCAAGUCCAAGUCGAGUGCCAACCCUCUCAGUCUCGGAAUUGGGUCUCAUACUGACACGCAGACUCACUGGUUUUCCGAGUCUGGCCUGCUUGAUGUCUUUGUCUUCCUUGGUUCUACACCCAAGGACGUCAUCUCGUCCUUCUCUGAAUUGACCGGCUACACCCAGCUGCCUCAGCAAUUUGCCAUUGCCCACCAUCAAUGUCGUUGGAACUACGUUACUGAUGAAGAUGUCAAGGACGUCGAUCGCAAGUUUGAUAAAGCUCAAAUCCCUUACGACGUCAUCUGGCUCGACAUUGAAUACACUGAUGGCAAGAAGUAUUUCACCUGGGACCCUCUGACCUUCCCUAACCCGCUUGAAAUGCAAAAGCAACUUGAUGAUCAUGAGAGAAAGCUUGUUGCUAUUAUCGAUCCUCAUAUCAAGAACGAGGGCGGUUACUCUGUCGUCGACGAGCUCAAGUCCAAGGAUCUUGCAACCCACAACAAAGAUGGUAACAUCUACGAAGGUUGGUGCUGGCCUGGCUCUUCUUACUGGGUUGAUUGCUUCUCUCCUGCUGCCCGUAAGUGGUGGGCACAGUUGUUCCAGUAUGCAAAGUUCAAGGGUUCUGCUCAUAACCUUUGGUUGUGGAAUGACAUGAACGAGCCGUCGGUUUUCAACGGCCCAGAGACCACAAUGCCUAAGGACAACUUGCACCAUGGCAACUGGGAGCACAGAGAUGUUCACAAUCUUAACGGCCUUACACUUGUCAACGCAACUUUUGAAGGUCUGGUUGCACGCAACAAGGAAGAAGAGAAGGCUGGAGGAGUGAGACCAUUCGUCUUGACUCGCUCGUUCUAUGCAGGCUCGCAACGCAUGGGAGCCAUGUGGACUGGCGACAACCAAGCAAACUGGGAACACUUGGAGGCAUCUCUUCCCAUGAUCCUGUCUCUGGGUGUCUCCGGUUUCCCCUUCGCCGGCGCUGACGUUGGUGGUUUCUUUGGAAACCCUCCCCGAGAGCUGCUUACCCGCUGGUACCAGGCCGGAGCUUUCUACCCAUUCUUCCGUGCCCAUGCUCACAUCGAUACUCGCCGCCGGGAACCUUAUCUUCUGCCCGACCUCGAGAAAGGCAUCGUCACACAAGCUUUGAGACUUCGUUACGCCCUACUUCCUGCAUGGUACACUGCUUUCCACACAGCAAGCAAGACGGGCGCGCCGAUUGUGCAGCCAAUGUACUAUGCACACCCAGGAGACGAGAAGGGCUUUGCCAUCGAUGACCAGAUGUAUCUUGGAUCGACUGGCCUGCUGGUCAAGCCUGUCACAAAGGAAGGCGCAACCAGUGUCGACAUUUAUCUGCCAGACGGCGAGAAGUACUUUGACUACUCAGACUACACAAGUUACAGCGGUCCUGGCCAUGUCAAGGUAGAGGCACCUCUGGAGAAGAUACCACUUCUCAUGAGAGGUGGUCAUAUUAUUCCUAGACGUGAUCGCCCGAGAAGAUCUAGUGGGCUGAUGAAGUUUGACCCUUUCACACUUGUUGUGGUUCUCGGUAAUGACGGCAACGCGGAAGGCGAGCUUUACCUUGACGACGGCGAGUCUUAUGAGUACGAGCAAGGUGCAUACAUCCAUCGCCGCUUCACAUACACUGGCUCCACGUCGUCGCUGGCAUCUGAGGAUCUCAGCACUAAGGGCAAGAAGACGGCGCAGUACCUUCAGCAGAUGAAGAAUGUCAGAGUAGAGAAGAUUGUGAUUGUGAAUGCGCCGUCGUCGUGGAAGAGCAAGACUGAGGUCGAGGUAUCGGAGGAGGGAGUUAGCAGUAGCGGUGAGAGCAAGAAGGGCGGAUUCUCAUUUAUCAGUGGGGAAUCGGGCAAGGCAGAUUGGGCAGUUGUUAGGAACCCGGGCGUCAGCAUUGGCGGAGGGUGGAAGAUCAACUUUGCGUAA